UUUUUGAAAAAUAAUAUUUUCAGGAAGAAUGCAAACUUUAAAAAGUGGGCCGAAUUGAAAUUAAUAAUUUUCUCUUGGGGAAUUUGGCCCAACACCCCUAUUUUGAAGGCCCUGAUAAAAAUUACCCUUCCCGUUUCAAACUUUUUUUAUUUACCCACCUCUUUUUCAUUAUUCCAACCAUAGCCUUCUUUCUUCUCCUACUUCUGUUCACAGUCCACAUUAUUCCAACUAGACUCUGGUCCUCUUGCUUGCCCUCUUCCUCAGCCUCAUCUUCCACCCAAUCUCCAUGAUCGUCUUGUCUUCGUUGCCUGGCUCUUCCUCUAUUUUUCCCGUGAUUACCCUCUCAUUCUACUCGGUUUCGCCAUCGUCGACUGGAUCAUUGUGGUGGGGCUUGGGGUGGUCACCGUUGUGGAUGAAAAUAAAGCAGAGAAAGAAUGUAAACUUUAAAAAGUGGGCCAAAUUGUUCGAAGCCGUGCCAGUUAAGGCCCAUAAGGCAAACCAAACCGAGCAUUCGGCCGCCGAGCUGAAGUCUCAGAGUCACAGUCCAGCUGGACAGGCUCCUAUAAAGCCGCGAGUGACAUCGGGGCGCGGCUUGCAGUGUCAUUUUCCAGAUCAAAGGAGGGUUUUAAAAGCGGUCAGCGAGACUAGGGUUUUAGAGGAAGCAUACAACUCUCUGUGA